UUCUGAGGAGAGAGGGCGUUCGCCAUCUUGAAAAUUAGUGUUGUGAUUCGAAAUUUUAAAAAUAAAAUUAACAGUGACGUGUUGUGUUUUGUGAUUAUAAUCGAUUUGUGUGUGUCUUAUAAGUUUGGACGGGGUGAAUUUUUUCGGGUGGUGGAUACUACAAAAGAUAAAUUUUAUUGCGGACAUAAAGAUUGGCGAUGAAGAGGCGUUGGCAUCAGUUAUAAAGCUGAUGUAAAAUGACACGGGGCUGAUGGUUUAAAAUACUUCACGAGAUAACCAUACCGAUGGUACCAAAACUAAAACCGCCGAGUUGACAGUUACCGAUGCCAAAUACAGUGGUACCGGUAACCUGGUACCACAAUUUCCGAUGCUCGAUGAAACCAAUGCCACGUCAGAAAAAGGAGAUGGCGAUAGGGUGAACGAAAGCGAAACGAAAGAAGCGAAAGAGACAAAAAGUGUUUCGUUCAAUCGUGACGUACACGUUAAGAGAUUCGGUAAACCGCGGGAAUCGCGGGGUGCCUCAGUCGAACAAACAAGAAAAGAACCAUUCACACAUUUGUCUAAAGAAGAACUAAUAGAAGAAGCUAACAAAGUCAGAGCGCAAGCAGAAAGCGUCACGUGCACGGCUGAUCAUCCGCCAGAGAAAUUCUACUCUCUACCACAUAGAAGAAAAUUCAAAGAAGAAAGAAUCGGAAGGAGGAAUAGUGACGACGGCGCCGAAACAAAAACUAACUUAGGAAGAUCUACCAGCGAUGUGAACCCAAAAAAGAAAAAAGAAAGAACAUCAUUGUCAACAUUGUUCCGACGAGCUCAAAGAACUAAAAGUCCUGAUGCUCCGGUAGCUGUUACGUCGAAACCUAUAGUAGUAGUCAAAAGAAGCAAGAGUGACGUCACAGAUCUUAAAUCUAACACCAAUUUAAGUAACCAGACUAAACCCAUACGCAAAAGAUCUGGUAGUGAAACAGAGGAGUUUCUAAAAUCUUUAAGAAACAAAAAAUCACAAUUAUCGCCUAUCAUAGAAAGUUCACCAAGGGAAGACUACUUCAAGAAAACCCCUCCACUGGAAGUGUUUCAAAAGCAAAAGUUAACCAAGAAGGAAAGUAAUAAGUCUGAGGAUCAAAAUUCGUCAAGUGAAAGUAAAAAAGUUAAUCCUAUCGAAAAACCUCCCAGAUAUAAAACACCUGAUAAACAAGAGCCCAAACCUCCUGUAAGAACUAAACGUGGCAAGUCUUUAGAGAAAGAAAAGGAAAAGUCACCGUCUUUAACAGACACUCCAAAACGUAAAACUGAAGUAAAGAAGACCCUAUUAGUAGAUGAAAUAGAUUCAAUAAAAGCUAAAGAUAUAAACCCUGUUGAACUCAAGGAUAGAAUUAAAGAAAGUAUAAGGAAGAUCGAAGAAAACGUAUAUGGAAGCAAAGAAAUGAUACACAGUAGUCAACAACCCCCUGAUAAGCCACCGCUGACAAGGGGGCAUACAGUGGAUCAUAUUGUAAGAAUAUUAAAAGAAGACCAAUUUUCACCUCCACCCAAAUCCCAUCUAAUUUCACCAACCAACGGUACUAACGUUAACCAGCCAUUCUCUUAUAUUAAACCUAGUGUAAGUCCUGAUCCAAAUUUAUUUAUAAGGAGUACCAGCCCAGAGCAUCCGCCGUCUCCAGUCAACAAAAUGAUGGAUAAAGGCGUAGUUUAUGCGCAAGUUGUGAAAGACAAUGGAGAAGUCGGAAAUAACGGAAUAGGAAAACAGACCAUUCAUAAAACUUACUCGCCGUCAAGAGACAAAUAUGGUAACUUUUCCGAUGAAGAUGAAGGUUUUGGAUAUGAGGAAAGACAUAAAAAUUCUAUUAAUCGGUUCGAUCACAGUCCUACAUUUAAAAAUGAAACUCAGAACUAUAACAGCAUAGAAGGUUACAACAUAACUGAUUCUCCUAUAAGACCUAGAUAUAGAGAGUAUAAGCUGAAAAGUUUUGAAGAUUAUGAACCAGAGCCCACUUAUGCCAACGAAUAUCCUUCUCACAAAGAUAAAUCACGUGAUUUUAUUGACAGCUACAGGGGACGAGGCGAUGGCAUGGACACUAAGAAAAAAAAUUAUGAAUCCGACAACAAAAUUGAUUUAGACUUCAAUGAAUUAAGUCAUAGACGUAAACUUCUGGAAUCCAGGAUCAAUGCCCGAAGAAUCGAUCUAUCGGAAAGAAUUAAAACUGAAGAACCUAUAUCGCGGUAUUUGGCUGAGCCCGACCCUAUUUAUGAAGCCGAAAAAAGGCGUAAAGCAACUGAAAAAUAUGUAAAUGAGACAGCAAGAUAUUAUAGGCAAACCUUAGAAAGAGAUGGUUUUGCUGAGAGUACAUUCAAUGAGGAUUAUAGUAGAUAUGACAGCGAUAAUAAAAAAAUAAAAUAUGAUUCUGAAUCAAGGACAUUCCAACAAGUGCCAAAAGGCGAAUUAGACCGCCGUGAAUAUAUCGACAGACUAGACCCUGACACAAAAAACAGAAAGGAAAACAAAGAUUUUCCACCUGAACCUGAAUACGAACCGCCAAGUCUUGAGUUUACGCCAAAGCCUGUUACACCUGACGAGUAUAAAGAGAAGAAAUACAAAGUAAAAAAGAAUGGAAUUUCUAGUCAUGACGUGGCACAUUCAGGCCACCAAAAGUAUAAAAUAAAGGAUAGUUGGUUUGGGAAACGUAAAGGCCAUUACGCGUCAAAUCCUGAGAUUGCACAAGAAAGAGAAGAAGAGUAUGCCAACAUUCGAUCACAAGCAAAACAUGCUGAGUCUUACCAUAAUUCUUUGCGCCGCGCGAAAAAUAAGGAAAAGUAUCAUAAAGAAGACUUCAGUAUAAGAAGACAUGGGUCUGGUGAUAGCAGAGACUACUAUCGCGAUGAUAAAUCUCCACGACGAUACGAUAUAGACAACCGUCUUGUUGAUUCUGGAAUCGAGAAUGACUUCCGUAAGGAUUCAAGCGGAGAACUUAACAGAAGUAGGUAUAGAAGGCACGAUAGUGAUGAUGAUGUUAGAGAUGUUUCUCUGUUCCUGGCAAGUGAGAGAAGACAUACCGAAGAUAACUAUCCCAGUGAGCAAAUUUACGCUAACGGUGAAUAUUUGACGCGAUUCAAAGAAUAUCGGGAUGAACGCUACAGCAAAGAUUAUUCUAGAGAUAGAAGUAUAGAUAGCGUAUCGCGUUUGGGACCUAAGGAUGACAGAUUUGAUAAGAGUCCGAGCGGACACGAUGACAAAGUCAGUGCGAAACCACCGAAGGCUGCUAAGAAGCUUUCUGGACUUGAGAAGAUGAAACAGCUAUUCUCUCGCGACUCUUCAAAGAAGAGCAAGAAAGAGAAGGAAGUAGUCCAGCCGAAGACUCGCACCAGGGUUCUCAAGAGCCCAGAACAUCUUGCCAGAGAUGACUCUGAAUACAGAAGGUACACGGAUCCAGAACCAAGUGAUAUCAUUGUAAAGAAGAUAGACUACAACUGCGAAGCAGACGAGAGGAGAUACAGAGGGUCGAGGGAGAGUCUGGACAAAUACAGGAGUUCAGACCGAGAGACUGACGGCAAGCGGAGGGAGAAAGAGUUUGAUACCAGAUAUGACAGGAAUCUAACAGAAGAGCGGCGCUACACAGAUCAUAAAGAUGGGAGGCGGUUCUACUCUUCAGACCGGGAUAGCGACCAGCAGUCGAGACCCUCGGAUGCUGAGAGCGACCUGAGGAAGUCCAGAUCAAGAACAGCUGGUCCAUUAGACUCUCCCGCUUUGGCUGAACGUUACCGCGAGCGACGAAGGCUGGCAACUCCGAGCCCCACCCCCUCCCCUCCGCGCCGGCCCGCGCCGCCGGCGACCUCUGCCGGCAACUGGUUCAAGUCUCUCGACAGACUGACUUCUAGAAAGCGAGGGAAAAAUACUAAGGUUGAAAAAGACAGCGUCAUCAGAACUGAGGACGAAACCAGAAAGGCCUGGUCAAAACCUUCUAAACCCCUGAACUCACCUGCUAAAAACCUGCGCUUCUUCGGCGACACCGACCAAGACUCCGACGCCAAUGUGAAGUCUUCAGUCAAAAAAACCCACGUGAAACCUCACGCUACUCUCCGAAAGACUGUCUCAAACUCCAGCACCGGCCUAGACGAGGUCGACCACAGCGAGCUAUCAAACAAAAGCUACUCACUCUCCAACUUGCACAGAGUAGACAAGAGUGAAUCGCCUCGAAACAGACAAUAUUACAAGAGAAACCUCCAGAACAUAUCAGAAAUUCAUAGCAAUUCUGAUAACGAAAGCCAGUUUGAUAGACACGUGAACAAAAAGCCGCCAAUAAGUCCAUACGAUAGGUCCAGGAGUCAUAGCAGCUCGAAGACCCUGAAAGGGAGUAAGAGUGAUGUGAGGAGACACGGGAGGGAGGAGCGUGGUAGCUCUUCUGAGCUUAGAGGUAGCAAGCAGGACCUCAGCAGAGAUUUGAAGCAUCGGAGACGCGUGGCGGCCGCCCCGUCGGGCGAGAGCAGCACGGAGGGGGAGUCCAGCCACCAGUCCCAGCAGUCGCAGCGCAGCGUGGUCUACUUACAUGCUACUACUGUCGGAGAUAUCCCGGAUCCAGGACGUCUCACACGCAACCGCUCCCGGGACGACGUGUCCUCAGUGAAUUCCUCCAACAUUCAAGUCAGGAGCACCACGAAAAGCUUCUCCAUCUUCGCACCCUGGACUCCGAAGCACUACUCCGACCAACACGACGUCCACUACGCCCAAAGGCCCAGGAAACCCAGACCGAAAGAGAGCUUCAAGAAAUCAUCGUCUAUCAAAAACCUGAGUGAAGAGAGACCUUCGUUGCAGAAGAACAAGUCUUACAGCCAGACGACUUUGACAAGAAGACCAAGAGAGAACAGCAGAUUGACAAGUUCCAGCACGACUUUGUACAGAAACCCGGACAAACGCAAAGAUUUAGACCAAAAUACACUUAAAAGUGCUAUCCCGCUUACACGUAAAAGUGUAACGAGGGAUAGGAAGAGUCAGUCAAACGAAAUCCUUAACAGGGAUAGUCGUGAUAGGGUCUCCAGAUCGAUUUCGAUGCCUAAAGACAAUAAUAAAAAGGCUGGUUGGUUUAAAUUGACAAAUAAAAAUAAGAAACAAGAGAUCAAUACUAGAGUUCGCUAGGUUGAUGAUGUACGUACGUUCUUUUAAAAUUUACAUUAUCUGAGUGUUGUCUCGAAUAAAUUGAAUCUACUUAAAGCUCUUUGAGACUGUGUUAGUUAAAUCAAACCGUCUUCAUCUUCUCUUCAAAAUUUUAAAACCCAAAGAUGGCCCAUGUAUAUCUAAUUCACAUAUUACCAAAUAUUUCUCUGAAACUUGGUGUGUCUUCAAGUCUCAGGGAAAUAUUUAUGAACUAUCUUUUAGCACAUAUUUUACAGCAGUUGCAACCAAAAGAGCAAAGAAAUUUAAAUUUGUUGGAGGCAACACCGAAGUAGGUCCAAAUAUAUUUAAAAAAAUCGAACUAGGUAUUGCUGUAUUUGUCUUAUACAAGCGUUUAAUACAGGAUGGCGAUACAAAAUGGCCGUCGUUGCUGAGAAUGUGGUGUAGUCUUUUCCUUUUGGAAAAUCCGUCCAUUUUAUGUAAUAGAGUUUGGUGCUAUAUUUUAAGAAAUUAACAGUAAUUUGGAUAUUUUGUACGUAUUUUAGUGCCAUUGACCACUUUUAUAAUGUUACCAUUAGCAUCGAUUUGACAAUUUUUGAAAGGUCGACAGUCUUUUUUUAAUUACUUUCCCAUAAAAACUUUAGUUGCACGAAUUCACGUACAGGUCUAUUACAGAAAUAUUUUUUCAAUCUUAAGCUAUAAUAAAAUUGGCGAUUUGUUUUUCAUAAUCACUUUUCCUUAAGUUAUCACCUAUUAGUAAAAAUAAUCAGACCCCUUACCGUAGUCAUUCGUGUUGCUUUUUUAUGAGUUAUAAUUGUUAUACACACGUAUAAAGAAAUUUAUUCUCGACCUUUUGAAAAUUGAGCAUAAAUAAAUAGUCAUAUUUUUUUUAGUUAUGCCUAAUAAAUCGCUUACCGUACUAAUAGAACUUAUAUAAUAAAAUACUUAGCUUUGAUAUGUUUGAAUUAUCAUUUUCUUUUUUCUUUUUCAAUAAAUACUUUUAUAUUGUAAUCAUAAAAAUAUAAUAGAUAGGUACUUACUUACAUAAAAU